AUGGUUACAUGCUCGCAGGGAGUUCCAUCGAACAACACUCUCGUUUCUUGUCACACACCCUUCAACACGACGGCAUUCAUCAAUUUCCUCAAAGACUUCACCCGUAUAGAAUGUCUCGCAUUCAAGUUCUUGGGAGCCCUCGGGCAUGCCAUUCCCUGGGCGUUGGUACAUGAGGCGUCGCUACUCUCACGGUUGCGCCACCUCGAGGUCGACGGGUUCUAUCUAUAUCGAGAACCAGAUCAUGUUGGGAUGAUGCCUGCUCGAAGGAGUCUCCGAGGGUCGUUGACCUCUUUCGCGUACAGGAAAGGCGACUUUCGCUCUGCACUCGCUCUCUCUUCUGAGCAACCCGCGAUAGAAACCGCCGUCCAAGCCCUCCACGAUACGCUGGAACGCCUCGUUCUUCCCACAGAGUCGGCGCCCGUCCAACUCAUCUCCUCUCUCCCAUGGCCACAUCUUCGAGAGUUUUACCUCAACGGCGCACGAUGGACGGACCCCAACGCCUCUCCUCUCACUCUCUUCGUCGGAAUGUCACGUCUCCGAGUCCUCGUCUUGGAUUUGAUUGACGACCCAAACUGCGAAACCGCUCCACCAGUCUGGCCGCAUCAUAUCUCCAUGUCGAAGUCGUUCCCUUGGCCAGAACUAGAGCGUAUCAGUAUCUCAAACCCCACUCCAAGCGACCAGGUGUACGCGCAUCUCCCACAGACGUUGCGCUCUCUCUCUCUUCGGCCGUACCCGCACCACUGCGUCGCGCUGUGGAAGAAGCGAAAGUUCACGUACACUUUACGUCACGACGACCCUCGACUGCAUUCUCCCCUUCCCUCCGCUGAAACCGUCCAGCGCAUCCUCGAUUCUUGCUCCUCCAUCACAGGCCUACGCGAGCUCUCGCUGGAGUAUCGUGCGGACGGCACGGAACAGGAGAUGUUUAGGACGGCGAUCGACAAGUUUCCUCACCUCCGGACGCUUGAGGUACAUCGGUAUCGCGACACCAGUCGGCACGAGGGAACGCCUGACUUUGUGAGCACAUACCCCGCAGCAUAUCCCGACUCGUGA